AUGUCAAAUGUGCUAAUGUCAUAACAUUGCUGUAUUAUAGGUUAUCAUACAAAAAAAUAAUUGUACGGGUAAUCAAGCUUUUAAAAUGAGUAUCUUAAUGAAAAAGACCUCAUUGCAUCUUCCAAUUGCACUGUUGAAUCGCAGUUUUAGCUGCACUCCUGCGCUGGAAAUCAAGCAAUGGCGUGUCAGCAAAGGUCUGCCUGUGAAUCGCAACGCCGAGGGCAUACUUACCGAUGGUCCGGAUUAUACUUUCUUGGAUGGACGUCCUACACCUUUACUGCAUAAACAAAAGCUCCGCAUGGAGAAACAACAAGACUAUGCAUCCCGGAUAGUUCAGCUUAGCUCGGAAUUGGACUUUGCUAAAGAGAGAUACCAGAACAUACAGAAAGCCAAAGAGGAAGAGAGACAGAGAAUAUUGAACAACAGGUUGAAACCCAAAGGAGAAGCAUUGAAGUAGAAUUUGUUUAUAAUUUAAGUUAGAUAAUAAAUUGUGUUAAGUAGU